AUGGAUGGUGAUAACCUACCAAGAAGAUCAGCUAGGAAGAGGAAGGUACGUCGUCUAGAUGAGUCUGUUUAUGCUCCUGUGCUUAAUAGCAUGCCAAAUGGCAACACUGUUGAAGGUGGAAGCCGUGCUGAUUCUGAUACAAAUGCUGAUGGUCUGGCCGAUCAUAAUAACAAGCAUCGUCCCGUAUCAGUUGAGCAUGGCAAUGCGACAACAACCCCUAACACAGCAAGCACGGCCAUUGUGCCUGUACAUGUUGUGUUAGAUACGUUAGGUCAAUCAGCAGUUGCAGCGCCCGGUUCCUCGAUAGAAUGCACAAUAUUCCCAGCAAGCGGCGAGCAAUUGCAGUCUGCCCGGCCUUCUCCAAAACCGUAUACUGCACAAAUUAUGGAUGCGAUGCAGGUUACUCCGAACGCCACCGUUCAAAGGAACAGGGGUUCACCGUCGAUGAUGGAGAAGGACGAUCAGAGUGCCAAUAAGUCUAAGGUGGAGCUGCCCAACAAUGGGCAAGUGAAGCGAACCGGAGAAGUCACCCUGAAGAUGGACAUGAGUUUGCUUAAUUGCCCCGUCAAUCCCCCUGUCUUCCAGUGCAAUGCCGGGCAUUUAGCUUGCGGCAGAUGCCUCGCCGAGCUCCCCGGCGAACAGUGCCAGACGUGCGAGCACGGCGGUGGCUUUAGCCGCUGCCCCAUGAUAGACGCUGUCGUCUCGUCCUUGACGGUCAUGUGCGGCCACGAUGGCUGCGGGAGCGACGUCCCCUACAACGAGCUCGACGACCACCAGAGCAAAUGCCAGCACGCGCCCUGCUUCUGCAUGGAGCCCGGCUGUGGCUUCAUCGGUGCACCGUUAGCGCUCCUCAACCACCUGGGUGCCCUGCAUGCAAUACCAGUGCACAAGGUCCACUAUGGCAAAGUUCACCAGCUCCGGCUGUCGGAGCGGGAGCCGCGGUGUCUGCUCCAUGGUCAAGGGGACGACAGCGUGUUCCUCCUGGUCAUGGGCGCGCUCGGCGUGGCCAGGGUCGUCUCUGUGGUGUGCGUCAGAGCUGGAGCGUCAUCAUGGCCGCAGUAUGCGGUCAAGCUUCGGGCAAAUGGUCCGCCACCACCGAGCAGCAUAGAAGGCAGCAUUCUGUUGGACAUGAAGCCGGUGACGAGCAGCACUAGGCCCGGCGAGGUCGCUCUGAUGGAGCUGCCGUCUUUCUUGGGGGUGCCGCCUACGUAUCUGGUUGGUUCUGGGGCGUCCAAGGAGGUGUCUCUCGACGUUCACAUUGACAGGAUGUGA